CCAAUUUCAAUGCCGGGCGAAGAAUACAGGGGAAACGAAUUGUUCACCAGGGGCAUUCGUGGAAUCUUGCUCUCGCCUCCAUGUAAGAACAACCCAAAAACCCUCGUGAAUGAAUAAUCGAAUAUUUGUUUUAUUUUUGUUUUCAAGGUCGAGUUCUGUGAGUGGCGAACUAUGAUCUGAAGAUCCCGAGAAUCCCGAUCUAUGUGACGGUGUCUUGAUCUCACUGCUCUUUGAUUUCUGUUCGAAUCACCGUCUGUGUUCCGCCAUGGCUGCUCCUUUCUUUUCAACUCCCUUCCAACCUUACGUUUAUCAGAGUCCACAAGAAGCUGUGACACCUUUUCAGAUUUUGGGUGGUGAAGCUCAGAUUGUUCAGAUUAUGUUGAAGCCACAAGAAAAGGUUAUUGCUAAGCCCGGUUCCAUGUGUUACAUGUCUGGGUCCAUACAAAUGGAAAAUGUUUUCAUCCCCGAAAAUGAAGCAGGUUUAUGGCAGUGGCUAUUCGGCAAGAGUGUGACUAGUAUAGUUCUUCACAAUACUGGUUCAAGUGAUGGAUUUGUUGGAAUUGCUGCUCCUUCAUUAGCCAGAAUUCUUCCAAUUGAUUUAGCAAUGUUUGGCGGUGAACUUCUAUGUCAGCCAGAUGCAUUCCUCUGCUCAAUCAAUGAUGUGAAAGUCGCUAAUACAGUUGAUCAGAGGGCUCGCAAUGUGAUUGCUGGUGCAGAGGGAGUGUUGAGACAGAAACUAUCUGGUCAGGGGCUUGCGUUCAUAGUUGCUGGGGGAUCUGUUGUACAGAAAAAUCUCGAGGUGGGUGAAGUACUUGCUGUAGAUGUCUCUUGCAUUGUUGCCUUAUCAUCAGCUGUUAAUGUUCAAGUUAAAUAUAACAGUCCUAUGAGAAGGGUGGUGUUUGGGGGAGAUAAUCUGGCGACAGCUGUUCUAACAGGACCGGGCAUAGUCUUCAUUCAGAGUUUACCCUUCCAUAGGCUCUCUCAACGCAUCGCCCGGGCCGUGACAUCCCCAAACAUGAGGGAAAAUCCGAAGUUGUUCAUUCAAAUAGCCAUGUUCUUCUUUUUAGCUUAUGUCGUGAUUGUGUCGUCACUUAUCUUGACUGAUGUAUAAUUAUUAUUUCUUUUUUUCUUUUUCAUAUAAUAUUCUUUCUUAAGGUGUAAUAUUUUGCAGUUUUCGCUUUUGAUUUAGAAUUAGAUGGCUUCACGUU